UAGGUGGAGUAUGUGAUCAAAUGUGACAUGUCAGCCCUUCAGAGAGUGUUGUAUCGACACAUGCAGGCGAAGGGGGUCUUGCUCACUGAUGGAUCAGAGAAAGAUAAGAAGGGUAAAGGUGGCACAAAGACUCUGAUGAACACGAUUAUGCAGCUGAGAAAAAUUUGCAAUCACCCCUACAUGUUCCAACACAUUGAGGAGUCUUUCUCUGAGCACCUGGGUUAUUCUGGCGGAAUCGUGAGUGGGUAUGUAUAGCAUUAGGUGAAGUUUUACCUGCCCGUGUGCCUUUAGAAAAAA